AUGUCUCCGGCGCCCCCAACCAACGACAAAGCCGACCCGCCGGCUCCCCUCGUAAGCUCGUGGCGCGCUCGCGCUGACGCGGGCGAGGCCGUCGCCGUCGUCCGCGUGCGGAACCUGCGAAGCUCCAUCCCCAUCGGCCGGGAUGCCUGGGGCCGCUCCGGCAAGCUGCAGCCGGUGCUCCUGUCGUCCGAGGUCUCGUUCGCGGUCCCUUUCGCCGUCAGCGAGUCCUCGUCGGCGAACACCGACAAGCUCGAUUCCGGCACCGUGCACUACGGCAAUCUGAGCAAAGCGUUGCUCGGUAGCCUCGAGCUUCUAGGUCAGGGCAAUGCCGCCGACCCUGAUUCCAAGGCCGGGACGGCGGCGUCGGCGGUAGCCGCUACGGGCUACGAAGCCGAGGUCGCGACCCCGCGCACCGCGGACGUCAUGGAGCUUCUGUGGGUGCGCAUGACGGGGCGCGUUGUGGACGGCAGCCGCGUGGCGCUUCCGCUGGACCAGUUGCCGUUCCUGCACGCGGCGCGCCUGCGCUCGUUGUCGCUCACCGUGGAGUUGCCCAAGGCGUCUCUCCUCGGCGCCGGCGUGAGCUUGACUACGACGGCGAGCUUCAGAGAAGACCUGCCGAAAGAACAGGAGAAAGAAAAGGGCGACACGAACCAGAACCCCCUGCAAUCGUACUCUCGCACCCUGCGCAUCCAUGGACUGCACAUUCCCACGCUCAUUGGUGUUAACCCGAAUGAGCGCAAGGCCAAGCAGAUGCUCGUUGUAGAUGUCGAGAUCGAUAAGUUCGAUGUCGCGGAGGAUAUACAUACCGAGCUGGAGGCUAUCGUAGUAGAGGCAAUAGAGUCUUCGUCCUUCGAGACGCUAGAGGCUCUUGCAUCCCACGUCGGCAAUAAGAUCUUAUCGGACUUCAGGAUCGCUGACGACCCGAAGCCCAUGAAAGACCGGGGGUGGCGGGUAAAGGUCUGCUUGGAGAAGCCGAUUGCGAUACCUACCGCCGAGUUCCCAGCCGUCGAAGUGACAAUGGGGUCGUGA